AUGCCGGUGGAGGGGAUGGACAAGGUGGUCGCGACGGUCAGCGGCUACCACGGCGACGAGCGGCACAGGCUCGUCAAGCUCAUCUCGGAGACCGGCGCGAGCUACGUCGGCGCCAUGAGCAGAUCAAUCACCCACCUGGUUUGUUGGAGGCUCGAGGGGAAGAAGUAUGACAUAGCGAAGAGGCUCCAGACACUCGUCGUGAGCCACCGGUGGUUCCAGGACUGCCUCAAGGAGGGGAGGCGCCUCCCUGAGGGUCCGUACAUGUUUGAAAGUGGUGAAGAAGCAGGGUCAGUCCCAGAGCUUCCUGCUCUGCCAGUGCCAGGCAAGCGGUCCAAGAUAAAUGCAUCCAUGGAGGAUCGAUGUUUGAAAGAGUUACCUACUGAUUUCUGCAGUACUUCUGAUGCCAGGGAUGUGGUCAAGAUUGAUGAUUCAGAUUCUGAUUUUGAGCUUCAGGGAUGGUCGGAUUCAUCCCUAUUAAAAGAAAAUUUUGUCGUUGCCGGGAAUUCUAAGAACAUCCGUUCACGAGAUGUUAAAGGAGGAAAAAAACGUUUAAAACGUGACAAGUCGACUGAUAAAGAUAUUCUACACCACCGAGACAAAGCUCCAGGUUUUAUGAUAAGCGAAGGGCUUCCUGCAUCAAGGUAUUCUUCAUCUCGGAGCACAUCAAAGCAGAAGGGAAAUGUGUCACGUCUCCUACAUAAUGAGGCUGCUAGCCGGAUGGGCAAAACAAACGAUCCUUUGGGAAAGGAAUCACGAAGCAAGCAUGCACGCUAUCUGAUGGAAAUAUCUGAUGAUGAUAGUUUGACAGACAGCUUUGAGAAACCACAAACGUUAGAUACUCUGAGUACAGAAGCUCGGAGAAAAAUAAGGAGCACAAAUGCUUCAUCAUCAUAUCGGCAAUCUACCUUGGAAAGUAUUUAUGGGUAUUCUGAAACUAGUAUGCAUGAUUACGAAUCAGCAAAGAGUGAAGAACAAGGAAAUAUUGGAUUGGGCGAGAGACCAGGAGGCUUGCAACCUGGUGAUUUGUCUGUAGAUGAACCAUCAUUCUGUACUCAGGAGCAAAGUAACCUUGACAUCGCAGCUGAUGAUGAGAAGGGAGACGGUGAGAAGCUUGCUAUGGAAGAACCAUCCAGGGUGCAAAGACAGGCAGAACUUUCAUGUGUCAUUUGCUGGACCGAUUUUUCUUCCACAAGGGGCAUCUUACCAUGUGGACAUCGGUUCUGUUUUUCAUGCAUCCAAGGAUGGGCAGAUUGUCUGUCCUCUAGGGGAAAGGUCUCAACAUGCCCUCUUUGCAAAGCCAGUUUCUCCUGGAUCAGCAAGGUGGACGAGGCUGGCACCUCAGAUCAGAAGAUAUACUCGCAGACCGUUCCUUGCGGAGCUUCAACUGGCAUUUUCAUAUUUGCAGAUGAAGGCUACGACCUUCCUGGACCAUCGUCUACUGAAGGGGCCUGCUUCCAGUGCCACAGCCGUGAGCCCGAAGACCUUCUACAGAGCUGCCAUGUCUGCCGGGCGCAGUGGGUACACAGCUACUGCCUUGAUCCUCCACUGUUUCCGUGGACAUGCAUACAUUGCCGAGAUCUGCGGAGGAUGUACCAGCGCUAUCGCUAG